AACUGACCACGCUUCCUACAGAUAGUUACUCCACUCUCCCUCUCUCUCUCCCACUUCAAACCCUAACUAUCAUUCCAUAUAAACAAAUUCAAACUAUAAAAUAUAAUAUUAAAGAUUUACUAGGACUACAAGUCUACAAGCAAAAGGGUCCUUCUCUUUUCUCCCUUCUUCUCUAGAAUUCCCUUCUUCUAGCACUCUCUAUUUCCCUUCUUCUUCUACUUGUUGCUCUUUCACUUUCUUACUCCAAAACAAAAAAUGGGUUCAACAAACAAAGACCCAAUUCACCACCAAACAACCCAAGUCCAUUCUCACCACGAAGAAGAAUCAAGAAGGGCCAUAGUUUAGAGGGGGGUUGUUUUGUGUAGUAAUAUUGGCUACAUUAUGGGAAAAGUGGGAAAUGGUGUUAAUGGUAGUGAAGAGGAGCAAGGAAUAGGUACAAGUGAUGAGAAUGGAGAGCAAAAUGUAGAGAGGAGAUUUUGUUGUUUUGGAUGUAAAGACAAUUUUAUUGUUACUAGGUUUAUUGGAUUUAGAUGUGUUUUUGUACUUUUAUUAUCUGUUGCUGUUUUUCUGUCGGCUCUUUUUUGGUUGCCUCCUUUUAUAAAAUUUGCAGAUCAGGGGGGUCUGGAUCUGGAUUACAGGUUUAAAGAUCAUGAUAUAGUAGCAAGUUUCCUAGUCAAUAAGUCGGCUUCCUUGCUGGAGGACAAUAUAUUGAAGCUUCAAGAUGAUAUUUUUUAUGAGAUGAAUGUUCCAAAUACCAAGGUUGUUAUCCUGUCUCUAGAGCCUUUCACUGGAUCAAACACAACAAAGGUCGUGUUUGGGGUUGAUCCUCUUGAAAAUGAUUCAAAAAUAACAUCAACCGAUCAAAGUCUAAUCAGGAGCUUGUUUGAAUAUUUGGUUGUAAACGACUCAUCUCUCAGACUGACUGACUCCUUGUUCGGAGAUGCCUUCUCUUUUGAGGUGCUAAAAUUUCCUGGAGGAAUUACCAUUAUUCCACCACAGAGUGCUUUUCUUUUGCAGAAAGUGCGAAUACCAUUCAACUUCACCUUGAAUUUCUCUAUUUUUCAAACACGGGAAAAUUUUGCAGAUCUGAAAAGUCAACUGAUGACAGGACUUCAUCUAACAACCCGUGAGAACUUGUAUAUAAACUUAUGGAAUUCACAAGGUUCAACAGUGGCUCCCCCUACUACUGUUUUGUCAUCAGUUAUACUGGUUAUCGGGAAUACCCCCAGGUUAAAGCAACUGGCUCAAACCAUCAGAGGUCAUUCCAAGAAUCUUGGCCUGAAUAACACUGUUUUUGGUAAAGUGAAGCAGGUUCGUCUAUCGUCCAUCUUGCAACAUUCUCUCCAUGGUGGUGAAGACAGUGCCCCCUCACCUUCUCCUACAUCUCUUCCUAACCCCCCUCACCACCACCGCCGCCACCACCACCACCACCGACACCACCACCACCACCACCACCACCACCACCACCACCACCACCACCACCACCAUUCCCACCCCCACCAUGCCCAUGCUCCUGCAAUUUCACCUGUACCUUCAACUAAGAGAAGUGCACCUGCACCUGUAGAUGGUUCACCUGCCCCAUUGAAAAGUUCACCCGCACCUCAUAACAGCAACGGAGCAAAGCCUCCUGGUUGUCAAUUUGGGUGUAAAAGAAGGUUUACAGGGAAUGGCAGAAAGGGGUCUCACUUAGCCCCUUCAAAUGCACCUGGUAGUUCUCCUCACAUGUCUGCCACCUCACCUCAACCUGACAAUGGUCCACCAUCAGUGUCACCAACCCCUUCACCAAUUUCCCAAACAAUUCCUGCAUCUAGUCCUUUGCCAAAUGUAGUCUUUGCCCAUGCUCAGCCACCAUCAGGGGGUAAACCUGAGGAGCCUUAUGACACAAUGCCGUCAGUUUCACCAUCACCGGCACCAUCUUCAUCUUCUUCAGGUCAUCUCACUGUUCAAUGGUCAAUUGUGCUAUGCCUGGCUGCUCUUGUAUUACAAUUAUAACAAAGCAAAAGAGAAACGGUCUAUUUUCUAGUUAAAAUCACUUCUCUGGGAGUCGAAGGACUCAACUGCAUCUUGCAAUUCAGACAGACAGAACAAACUGGAGGAGUUAAAGUGGGAGCAACGCAAAGGGCGUGCCUCACAUCCAAGUGGAUACAUGUUUUUGUGCGUGUAAAUAUUUGAUUAAAAAGUUCAGCAUGCAGAUGCAUUUUCAGGUCAAAGUCACAGAGGUGGCAGGUCUUUGAUUGUAUUGCUGCUGUUGUGUAUUCUCUUCUGCAGAAAUGUUAGAAGGAAAAAAAAAGCCAAAAAAGAAAAAAAGAAAAAAAAAGAACAAAACAAAUGUAUCAAAUUACCAUUUUGUUUCUCAUCCCUGCCAAGUCAAUCAGGUAUGAUUUUUUAUCCUAAGGCCCCCCCCUGCAUAUUCUCUUUCA